AUGACCAUUGAUAUUGGUCAGACCAAUCGCCGCUCCAUCGAUUCAGAUUCGAACAGUACGGAUCCGGUUGAUGGCAAUCAGCCAGACACAUCCGAAGUCGUCUACAUAUCGGCGCUCGCAUUGCUAAAAAUGCUGAAGCAUGGCCGAGCCGGAGUGCCCAUGGAGGUUAUGGGUUUGAUGCUUGGCGAAACUGUAGACGAUUACACGGUGAAUGUGGUUGAUGUCUUUGCAAUGCCACAGUCAGGCACCGGAAUUUCGGUUGAAGCAGUUGACCCAGUUUUUCAAGCCAAGAUGCUUGACUUGUUGAAGCAAACUGGACGGCCUGAGAUGGUUGUUGGCUGGUACCAUUCGCAUCCAGGAUUUGGAUGCUGGCUAUCCAGAGUCGACAUUAACACGCAAAUGAGUUUUGAGGCUCUUUCGGAGCGAGCAGUUGCUGUCGUUGUCGAUCCGGUUCAAUCCGUCAGAGGAAAGGUUCUCUUUCAAAUGUAG